UGGUGGUGGACAGAUUGCUACCCUGGAGAUUCCCACUGUGGUGGGAUACAAAAAUUCCCAAAUUUAAUCCAUAGCCGGAACCAGAGCCCGUGUGUGUUUAUAGGUGUGUGUAGUGAGUUUGGUCCGGACCGAUAUGUGGUUGAAAUAAAGCGGACAGCAGCGCGUGGACUGGAGGAUGUUACAGGAUGAAACGUCUCAGGUCCUCAAGCAGCAGCGACAGUUCUGACAAUGAGAGUCCCUCUACCUCUUUCUGCUCCUCCAACAAGUAUGGCAGCAAACCUGGAACCCCCGCCUCCAACCCGAAGAAACCGGCUGAAGUGUUCAGAAAAGACCUGAUCAGUGCCAUGAAGCUGCCCGACUCCCACCAUGUGUCCCCAGAGGACUACUACCUGCUGGCAGACACCUGGAAGCAGGAGUGGGAGAAAGGAGUCCAGGUGCCCGCGAGUCCAGACACCAUCCCGGAGCCGUCAGUCAGAGUUCUUGUUGAGAAACCCAAGGAGGUGCUUUACACCCACCAGAGGAGGUACAUCCAGUGCUCGAGCCAGGAGUCAACAGAACCAGGUUAUGUCAACAUCAAAGAGCUGGCAGAAGCUAUGUGUCGCUAUGAUCUGGACGACAUGGACCUUUACUGGCUACACACGCUCAACAGAGAGCUCGACCACAUGGGGGAGGAUUCCAUAGACGAGCUGACAAUGGAGCGCGCCAUGGAGGCCCUGGAGAGCCAGUGCCACGACAACAUGAACCACGCCAUUGAGACGGUGGAAGGCCUGGGGAUUGAAUACGACGAGGACGUGAUCUGCGAUGUGUGCCGCUCUCCCGACAGUGAAGAGGGCAACGACAUGGUGUUCUGUGACAAGUGCAACAUCUGUGUGCACCAGGCCUGUUACGGCAUCGUCAAAGUGCCUGUUGGGAACUGGCUGUGCAGGACGUGUGUCCUCGGCAUCGACCCACAGUGCCUUCUGUGUCCUCAGAAGGGCGGUGCCAUGAAAGCGACACGAGCAGGCACCAAGUGGGCUCAUGUGAGCUGUGCCCUGUGGAUACCAGAGGUGAGCAUUGCAUGUCCUGAGAGGAUGGAGCCCAUCACCAAAGUGUCCCACAUCCCGCCCAGCCGCUGGUCUCUCAUCUGCAGUCUGUGUAAACUGAAGACAGGCGCAUGUAUCCAGUGCUCGGUAAAGAACUGCACCACUCCUUUCCAUGUGACGUGUGCCUUUGAGCAUAGCCUGGAGAUGAAGACCAUCCUGGACGACGGGGAUGAAGUCAAGUUCAAGUCUUACUGCCUCAAGCACAGCAAGUCUAAAGCCGGGGAGGCUGGCCUGAGUCCAGCUCGGUCUAAACCCCCCGCAGAGGCGGAGAAGGUGGGCCAGCGGGCACAGAGACUGCAGGAGCUGGAGGAGGAGUUCUACACUCUGAUCCAGCAGGAGGAGCUGGCCCAGGCCCUCGGGCUCUCUGUGCACCUGGUGGACUUCAUCUAUCAGUACUGGAAGCUGAAGAGGAAAGCUAACUUCAACAAAGCUCUACUGCCCCCUAAAGAGGAGGAGGAGAACCUGAUGCUGCAGCCUCAGGAGGACAGCAUCCACACACGCAUGCGGAUGUUCAUGCACCUGCGACAAGAUUUGGAGAGGGUGAGGAAUUUAUGCUACAUGGUGAGUCGACGGGAGAAGCUGAAGGUGUUGCAGAGCAAAGCCCAGGAGCAGAUGUUCAACUUGCAUGUGAAGCUCAUGAACCAGGAGCUCUCUGCUGGCCUUCCUUCCUCAUCUCCAGCAGAGAGUUUGCUGUUUCGUCCUCCUCCAAGGAUAACUCUGAAGCUGAAAAUGCCCAAAUCCUCAACUCUUGGAAAUGGAAAUUCCAAAUCUGGGAACGGGCCACUCUGCCCGGACAAUAGUGGCAAUGUUGCUGAACACUCAGGUGAAGGGCAGGGUCAGGGAAAGCCUCAGCUGCACGGAUGUGUUCGGGGAGAGGAACGCUCAAACGGACGGCUGUCUUCCUCCAGCCACUCACGCAGCUCAGCGCUGCCUGUUAAACCAACAGGCAAACCCUUAGCCCUGCAGGCUGCGCUGCACGGCCACUCAUCCAACGGUAAUGGCAAACUGAACCAAGACCGGGCCUGCGUGGGUAAAUCUAACGGCCUCUUAGAGAAAUUUGUGACUCAGAAGGACAGUUCUUGCCAGACACCCAGUGACCAGGACAAUUCAAAUCAGGCUUUGGACAAGAGCAGCUUUCGCAAGUCUGCCAUGGAGCACUUUGGCAGAUCCUUCAAAGAGGCGACCAUUAACUUGGUACGGACCACAGAGGACCUGCGGGCCUCUGAAAAAAUGUCCCGAAAGGGCUCAGCCAAGGAGAGACUAUGGGCCAAACCGGUGUCUGAACACAAAGUGAAAAGCGCCAGAUCGCACCAGGACAGUGACGGAUACUGUCCUGACCUGGAGCUCAGUGACUCAGAGCCAGAGGCCAAAGGGAGACACAGACGACAGGUCGGACUGCCUCAGCCAGACACUCCAAGGAGAGGAGUCAGUCGUGGGAAACAGUCGCUGGGCUCCAGACACGCCGUGCAAAGGUGACAGCUGUUUGUUCACUCCACUCACUGCCACUGCUCUCUCCUGACCUUGUGGCAGUCUUCCCAAGUGCCAGGCCGUCUCUGUGAACACGUCUCCAUCAGGGACUAGACCAAGAUCCAGCACUAAUGGUGCUCUAUACAUAGUAGAUGCAGAUGCAUGAAGGGUGUUGUUGUUAAGAACGUCCCCAGUGGGAUGUAAAAAGAAACGUAGCCCUGUGUUAGUGGUGGUUUGAAAGGAACAAAUCUUCAUGCUUGCCUUUCAUUGUGGCUAGAAUUACAUUUUGUACUCAGCACAUCUUUGUAUCGCCUAUUCCCCUACACACAGGGUCGAUCUGCCUUUGACUGAAACUGCUGUACAGAAAUUGUUCAGAUUGGGAUGUAAAUAAUGUUCACACACGUUCCACUUUAUUGAUACCUUAAAGAUCCAGUGUGUAGGAUUUUGGGGGAUUUAUUGGCAGGAAUGGAGUAUAAUUAUGUUUUCUUUAGUGUACAAUCACCUAAAAAUAAGAGUAGUGUUUUAGUUACCUCAGAAUGAGCCUUUUAUAUCUAAAUAGGAAAUGGGUCCAUGUUUUACCACCAUUUUUGCGUCAGCCACUGUAGGAGGAGACCUCUUUGGAUAAUUCAUGUCCCAGUAAAAACCUCCCGAACAUGUGGAUCUUAAGUUAUCAGAUAAAAAAGGUGAGCACAAAUUAGCAGGUGCUAGGUUAAACCAGUUUAAAUCAGCAGCUCCAUUUGUUUUGGAGAGGACCAGACCUCUGCAGAUAAUUAGACUCCCGGUAAAAACUUCCUGAACAAUGAACACUGAAGGAAAUGUAUCCAAGGAGAAGUUUCAGCUGGUUACAGUCUGCAAUCCCCACUGCUAUAUGCUAUUAAAUCCUCCUAAAUCUGACAUACUGCUCCUCUAAAACUGAAAUCAAACUUGUAGCAGAAAGUAAAACUGACACUCCAGAUGGGAACGUUGUAGUAAAGUCUGGCAUUCACUGCACCUGUUUCUUGCACAUUUGUCUGUUACAGUUAACCCCACAGGUGAUAUACUGACUGUGUCCAGCAGUGGGGUCAUUUUUAUGAACAGAAAUGCCUUUUGUGCAAAAGAAUGCAGUUUCACACUAUUAGUACCUUUUUGGUUUUGCAGGUUACAGUAUGUUAUGUCCUGGUUAGAGAAAAGGAUCAUAAAAGCAUUCAAGUUCUUGUCUUAAAAUAGAAAGAUGUGUGUAACAAAGUAUAAUUACAUUCCCUGAUGCAUAAAAGCAAAGACACAGUACAGAUAUGUAAUCGAUGGCAGUCAGAUUGUCUUCUUCACUGGCCUCAGAACAUCACAUGAUCAGCCUUCAUCAUCACAGACUAGUUAACUCAAGUUUACUUUUGGAGCUCGGCAUAUUUUUCUGUUACUUGUGUCACCUUUUUUUGAUAUUAAAGAACCUGGAAUAACUGGUUUAUUAGUGCUGGACAUUGUUAGGACUUUUGAUACAAAUGCCAAUUCAGUACUUUUGGUGACAUGUUACUUUGUACUGACUCAUUUUUACCACAAAAGCUUUAUUUUUUUCUUUUUAAAGGCAUCAAUGUUUAAUGGUGUCUUAAUACAAACAUCAGAAAAUUAACAAAAUUGGGAUUUUAAAUGAGGGUAUCUGAUCAACAAAUAAAUAAUCUGA